UAAUGGGAAUUUCUCUGAACCCAAAAACCAAAUACUCUGUUCUCUCUGGAUUCUCUCAACAUUCAACUCACACACUCUUCUUUUCUAUCUUCCCAAGGCCUUUUUAGCUCAGCUUAGCUAGCUAAAGCUUCAACCUUUUCCCAUUCUCCAAACACCCUUUUUUCUUCCAUUCACACUACUCUCUCUCUUCUUCUCAAGAUUUUCUUCUAAGCUCUUCACAACUUGGGUUUUGUUUCUGGUUUAGAAAGGUAAGCCUGAAAACCCCUUUGCUUAAAAAUGGAGUCUUUGGUGUAUUUGUUGGUUGUUUUGAUUCUGUGUAACUGGUAUGGAGUAGUGAGUUCAUUGAAUGGUGAAGGGUAUGCCCUUUUGUCAUUUAAGCAAGCUAUUACAGAAGACCCAGAAGGGUCUUUGAGUAAUUGGAACUCUUCUGAUGAAAACCCUUGUGCAUGGAAUGGAGUCACAUGCAGUAAAGAGCUUAGAGUUGUUUCACUCAGUAUUCCAAAGAAGAAACUUGUUGGGUUUCUUCCUUCUGCACUUGGGUCAAUCUCUGAGCUUCGUCAUUUGAAUUUAAGGAACAAUAAAUUGAAUGGAAGCUUACCAAUUGAGCUUUUUGAAGCUCAUGGGUUACAAAGUUUGGUUCUUUAUGGAAAUUCCUUAUCUGGGUCUGUCUCAAAUCAGGUUGGGAAACUUAAAUACCUUCAAACUUUAGAUUUAUCUCAAAAUUUCCUUAAUGGGUCUGUUCCUGAAUCAAUUGUUGAGUGUAAAAGACUUAGAACACUUGAUAUUAGUCAAAAUAAUUUCACUGGUUCUUUACCAGUUGGGUUUGGAAAUGCAUUUGUUUCUUUGGAAAAACUUGAUCUUUCUUUCAACAGAUUUAGUGGUUCAAUUCCUGGUGAUAUUGGAAAUUUGUCUAGCUUACAAGGCACAGUUGAUUUGUCUCAUAAUCUCUUUUCAGGUCCUAUACCAGCUAGUCUUGGAAACUUACCUGAAAAGGUUUACAUUGAUUUAACUAACAACAAUUUAACUGGUCCAAUACCUCAAACUGGUGCUCUAAUGAAUAGAGGACCAACUGCUUUUAUUGGGAAUCCUGGACUCUGUGGCCCCCCAUUGAAGAAUCCAUGUUCAUCACAAACUCCUGGUGCAAAUUCACCUUCUUCAUUUCCAUACUUGCCUGAUAAUUCUUCAGCUCAAGAUUCUGAUCAUGGAAAGAGUGGUAAAGCCAAAGGUUUGAGUAAGAGUGCUGUGGUUGCUAUUAUAGUUAGUGAUGUAAUUGGUAUAUGUCUUGUUGGGUUGCUUUUCUCUUAUUGUUACACAAGGAUUUGUUCUUGUAGAGGUAGAAAGGAUGAACAUAGUAAGGGAGGUGGGAAAGGAAAGAAAGAGUGUUUGUGUUUUAGAAAAGAUGAGUCUGAGACUUUAUCAGAAAAUGUUGAGCAGUAUGAUCUUGUGGCUUUGGAUACACAAGUUGGUUUUGAUCUUGAUGAGCUUUUGAAAGCUUCUGCUUUUGUUCUUGGAAAGAGUGGAAUUGGGAUUGUUUAUAAAGUUGUUCUUGAAGAGGGACAAACAUUAGCUGUGAGAAGAUUAGGUGAAGGUGGUUCUCAAAGGUUUAAGGAGUUUCAAACUGAAGUUGAAGCAAUUGGGAAGCUAAGACAUCCUAAUGUUGUUACUUUGAAAGCUUAUUAUUGGUCUGUGGAUGAGAAGUUGCUCAUAUAUGAUUACAUUUCCAAUGGAAAUCUUUCCACUGCACUUCAUGGGAGGUCUGGAAGUGAUUCAUUCACACCGCUAUCAUGGUCUAUUCGGUUGAAAAUCAUGAAAGGAAUUGCUAGAGGUUUGGUUUAUCUCCAUGAGUUUAGUCCCAAGAAGUAUGUUCAUGGUGAUUUGAAGCCUAAUAACAUACUUCUUGGACCAAACAUGGAACCCCAAAUUUCCGAUUUUGGACUCGGUCGCCUUGCUAAUAUUGCAGGAGGAUCUCCCACAUUGCAAUCUAGUCGAAUGGCAAUGGAUAAGUCACUAGAAAGAGCACAAAAGGGUGCACCUUCAGAUGCCACAACCGUUGCCUCGUCUACUACUAAUACCACAACUAACUUGGGAUCUUGUUAUAUUGCCCCGGAAGCACUCAAAAUGGUGAAACCAUCUCAAAAAUGGGAUGUUUAUUCGUACGGUGUUAUCCUUCUCGAAAUGAUAACUGGAAGAUUGCCCUUAAUCCAAGUAGGUUCUUCCGAAAUGGAUUUGGUUCAUUGGAUUCAACUCUGCAUUGAAGAGAAGAAGCCUCUCUCUGAUGUUUUAGACUCUUAUUUAGUCCAAGACGCCGAAAAGGACGACGAGAUUAUUGGAGUUAUUAAGAUUGCAAUGGCUUGUAUCCAAACUAGUCCUGAAAAAAGACCAACAAUGAGGCAUGUAAGUGAAGCUAUGGAAAGAUUGAUCAUAUCUGAUUCAUGAGAAUCCUUUUCUUGAUGUUUUAGCCUUAUAACUCAAAGUGAUGAUCAUAUGUAAUUUGACAUAGAUUUUCAUGACUUCAAAUUCAUUGUAAUUUUCUUUUUAGCUAUGGCAUUGGACUGAGCUUAAGUUAGGAUCUGCAACAAGAGCAUGUUUUCAAGUGUUUAUUUUAAAAAUUGAGUUUGUUUUUAGUAUAUAUGUGUGAAAAUUUGUCCUUUUUUUUUUGCUCUUGUUGCAAAGCUUUUUGUAUCUUGUUGUUUUAUAUUUGAGGUCAAUGAAGAUUAAAUAUUUGUUCUUUUCA